AUGUCCGAUGACGAAUCAUCGCCCUUGCUGGCAGGAGAAACAGCGCCAAAGGGAAAGGCGCCAGUCAACCGAUCAAAUAACUCUGGCGAUUCCACCCCCCUACUUUCGAGCUCAGCCGAUACUCCGCGAUACGAUGGCGAGCAGGAUCAACCGGAUCACGAAGCUGUCGCCGCCUCCAUUCGGUCGCGCCACAGCGAUGUACUGUCUACACACCCUUCCAAGAAAUCGCGGAGAUGGGCAUCAUUCAUUGCAAUGGGCAUUCUAGGCAUAAUAGUUAUCGCCAUCAUAGCGCUGGCAUUCAUUGUUCCCGAUGCAGUGCAAGAAUACGCCAAGCAGGCGGCUGUUGUCGAACCCACCAAUCUUUCACUCGAGUCUAUCACCACCAACGGUGUCAGAGCGAGGAUACAAGCAAACUUCCGCCUCGACGGGUCCAGGGUCGAGAACGAUCAUGUGAGGAGGGUCGGACGAGCCGCCACCUGGGUUGCUAAUCAACUGGGCACAGAAGGAACGCAGGUUGCCGUCUACCUCCCGGACUAUGACAAUAUUCUGCUAGGGACAGCCGGCAUCCCUCCUUUGGUCCUUAGUUUACGCGAUGGGUACACGACCGACCUUGACUUUGUGACAGAAGUCACACCUGGCAAUGUGGAGGGCAUACGGUCUAUCGCGAAUGAAUGGUUGGAAGGACUUUUAGACAAAUUGCGUUUGGAGGGCAAAGCCGACCUCUCACUCAAGUCAGGUCUCAUUCCCCUGGGAACUCACACAGUGGAGGAAUCUCUCGUUUUUGAAGCAAAAAAAGUACCCGCCAUGCCACAAUAUAACAUCACACGCCUUAAUGUGGAGGAUGUGCCGGCUCCCGGAAACAAGAAAUCGAUGGUCGCCGAUGUUUCCCUCGCGGCCUACAACGAAUACCCAGUGCAACUCGACGUCCCUGAACUCGCCUUUGAAAUCUUGGUUCCCGGGUGCGACGCAGAUGAUCCGUACAUCAUCGUUGCCGAUGCAGUCACUAGCGAGGUUUUGGUGAAACCUCGGGCCGAAGUUGAAGUGGAUGUACAUGGACUGGUUCGAGAACUCCCAGAUUCACUCACUCAUGCCUGUCCCAACUCGCGGUCUUCGCCGCUGGAUUUGUUGUUGGAGCAGUAUAUGCACGGUGAACCUGCGACAUUAUUCGUACGAGGCAGCAGCCAGCCCGACGGCAGCACGCCACGUUGGAUUGCAGAUAUUUUGUCUAGCGUCACACUACCAGUCCCCUUCCCCGGGCGGUCACUCGAUGGCCUUAUCCGAAACUUCUCGUUGACGGAUGUACAGUUCACUUUGCCAGAUCCUUUCGCCAGUCCCGAAGACCCGGAAGCUACCCCCAAAGUUUCCGGCAACAUUCUGGUCACUGCUGGUCUACCUCGAGAGAUGAACUUUGCCAUCAACGUGACCAAGGUCCGCGCAUUUGCCGAUGUCUUCUACAAGUCGCAGAAAUUCGGGGAAUUGAACCUGAGAAAAUGGCAGCAUGCGAACUCAACCAGGGUGGAGGCAAACAAAGGGCAAGAGGCUUCUCUCAAGAUUGAGUCCCGGAUCAACGAUGCGCCAUUGAACGUGACUGAUGGUGAUGUCUUCUCGGAUGUGGUUCAGACCCUCCUAUUCGGUGGCAAGCCAGUGCGCUUGGAUAUUAAGGCCAGCGUCGAUGUAAAAGUGGAGACGGCACUAGGACAACUGGUUCUGAAGGAUGUGCCUGCAGAGGGCACCAUCCCAGUAAAACCUUUCUCCAACGGCAAGGGCAAGGGGCCGCUUGACGGCAUUUCUCCCCAAAUUCGAUCACUCCGCAUUCUGAACACCUCGUCAUCAUCUAUCACACUACAGGCCCUGGUUAAUGUUUCCAAUCCUACCGUGUAUAGUGCUCAUGUACCCUUUUUCAACGUCCACGUCUUACACAACGAUUCCGUCCUCGGAGAAGCGACUGUGGAGGAUAUCGACGUCGCCAGGGGUGUCAACACGGGCAUACUCGUGACCGUCAAAUGGAACCCCUCUAUUAGCGGCGACAAAGGUCAACGAAUUGGCCGAGAUCUCAUCUCGCAAUACAUCUCGGGCUACAACACGACUAUCACGGUCAAACCCCACCGAGACAGCAUCCCAGGCCAACGUCUCCUGAACAAGGCUCUGUCCAACCUUAGUUUCACUGUUCCUGCUCCGAAGCUAGACCUUCCGGGCGAUACCCCUGAUGAGAAGGCCCAUUUUAUUCGAGAUGCAACUUUUCACUUCAUCUCGUCGACCGCGACGUUCAUAUUGGUCUCCCCCCUACACUACAACACAUUGUACAUAGAUCGGGUCAACGCCACAGCAUAUUACAACCACACGGAGCCCAUCGGCACCAUAUUUCACGAGUUACCCUUUCAGGCCCCGCCUGGAAAAUCGGUGACCCCCAGGUUAGCGGUCAAGUGGUCGGCGGGCUCGAUUGGAUAUGAUAAAGUCAAGAAGGCACUCGGCGGCAAGCUUAAGCUCGAUGCUCAGGCGACUGUAGAUAUUCGGUUGGGUAAUUGGAAGGAAUCUCUUUGGUACGUUGGGAAUGGUAUUGGUGCCAGCGUCCAGUUGUGA